AUGCAGGCUUUCCAAAUGACUGGCUGGUGCAGUCAUGUUACCGAUGAUAGCCCUGACAAAUACAGCACCACUUCAGCACAAUAUUUGCCCCAACACAGACAAUUCGUCAAGAUGAUGUACGACAUACACGCAUACACAGAGCGCCAGGAGCAUCUCGAGGAAGUGGAAGUACUGACUCGUGACGCUGCCUCUCCUGAGCUGCUGGAGGAAUUGAGUCGAUUGAACAUUUGA